GGGCGGGCUUAGAGGCCGCGGGUCGCGGCGAUCAGCUCAUCCCUCUGCAGCGUGUUCCCCCGCGGUCACCAUGUCCCUGGCGGCUGCGGCGGGCCGGGGCCCGGGGGCCGUGUGGUCCCCAACCCACGUGCAGGUGACGGUGUUGCAGGCGCGGGGCCUGCGGGCCAAGGGUCCCGGGGGCACGAGCGACGCGUACGCCGUGAUCCAGGUGGGCAAGGAGAAGUACGCCACCUCGGUGUCGGAGCGCAGCCUGGGCGCGCCCGUGUGGCGCGAGGAGGCCACCUUCGAGCUGCCGCCGCUGCUGUCCGCCGGGGCCGCGCCCGCGGCCGCCGCCACCCUGCAGCUCACCGUGCUGCACCGCGCGCUGCUCGGCCUCGACAAGUUCCUGGGGCGCGUCGAGGUGGACCUGCGGGAGCUGCACCGGGACCAGGGCCGCAGGAAGACCCAGUGGUACACCUUGAAAUCCAAACCAGGAAAGAAGGAUAAAGAGCGAGGAGAAAUCGAGGUUGACAUCCAAUUUAUGAGAAACAACAUGACUGCUAGCAUGUUUGACCUGUCCGUGAAAGACAAGUCUCGGAAUCCAUUUGGGAAACUGAAGGACAAGAUCAGGGGGAAGAAUAAGGAUAGUGCAUCAGACACCGCUUCAGCCAUCCUCCCCAGCACAUCACCCUCUGUCGACAGCGACGAUGAGUCACCUUCGAAAGACAAGAAAAAGAAGUCAAAGAUCAAGACCUUGUUUUCCAAGUCUAACUUGCAGAAAACACCACUUUCCCAGUCCAUGUCUGUCCUGCCUACUCCAAAGUCAGACAAAGUGCUGCUGCGUCCUGGGGAGUUUCAGUCCCGGUGGGAGGAUGAUGACAACGAGGAUGAAUCCUCCUCUGCCUCGGACAUCAUGUCUCACAAGAGAACAGCAAGCGCAGAUCCUAAGCAACUGAACCAGGUCAACCUCACCCUUCCCAAGAAGGAAGGGCUCUCUUUUCUUGGCGGCCUUCGGUCCAAGAACGACUCGCUCUCCCGCUCUAAUGUCUGUAUCAACGGGAACCAUGUUUACGUGGAGCAGCCAGAAGGCAAGACUGAGACGAAGGACAGCACCUCCUCUUCCCCGUCCCCUCAGGGCUUCAGGAAGAAGCAUUUGUUCUCCUCCACGGAAAACCUGUCUCCUCGGUCCUGGAAGGAACCUGGGGAAGGGGGUGCCGUGUCUCCUGACAAGUGGCUCUCUGAGUCUUCCACAAAGAACUCUCCGAAAUCCAUGACCCUGCCGCCCUCCUGGCCGCCGGUCAGCGGGGACAUUAGGGAAAACGCAGCUCCAGCGAAGUUGGAGGCCGUGAAAGAAUCCAAAGAGAGCAAGAAGCAUGAGAACAAGAAGUCCUCUUUGCUCUCUCUGGUGACAGGAAAGAAGGAUGCGGCCAAGGGCAGUGAAGGCGAAAGCCCUGCUUCCACCUCUGGGAAGGAGCAGGAGAGCCCGCUGAGGGAGGACGGGCCGGGGCCUGCUGAGGGUCUUGGGAAGAGAUCUGAGAAGGAUACGAUGGCCGCCUUCUCCGGACGGGGGAAAUCCCUGAACCCCUUUGAAGAAGGGCAGAGCGCAGUACCGGCGGCUGACCCAGAGCCCAAGUCUGAACGGACACCACCUGUUACCUCUGCCAGGGCACCCCAGACCAAAGCCGUGAAACCUCGACUGGAAGUGUCUCCAGAGGUUCAACCCACAGCCAGGCUUCCUCCUCCCCCUGACUACCUUCCCUUUUUUCCUGCUCUCCCUUCCAGUCCCGCCCAGACACCUGUCUCUCCUGAGUCGGGGCAUGAGGCAGAGACACAGUCCUCAGAAUCUCCUUCUGUCUUCUCCGCUUUCUCCCCGCCCCUUGCAGCUCCCAUUUCCACAUCCACGCCUAUCACAAGCUGGCCUUCCACCGAGCAGGGCCAGGCAGGUGCUGAGGAACCAUCGGUGCCCCUUGACGCAGAGGUGCAAAAGGAGAGUUUAACACAAGUUCCAAGCGCUGUUUCUUGUGCCCGGGGCUCACUUCCCAAACAGCCACCCACGGCGGUGUGGAAAGGGACGGAGGAGGCUCCAGCGGGGAAGACCAGCGAGACGGACACAGAGAAGGAUACCAGUGGCAAUGACUCAGCAAAGUGUCUCCCGAAGGAGGCAGAUGCAGAGAAGGAUACCAGUGGCGAUGACUCAGCACAGUGUCCCCCGAAGCAGCCUGAAACGGGGCAGCAAGAAGAACCUCCGAGGUUUCCCCCCAAAAAGCAACAAGACUACCCCCCUUCGUCAGAAGGGGCCCGAGAAGUAACAUUGGCCCUUUCAGUGAGAAGCGGCAGGACGGGAGGCCCGGCUGGGAAGCCUCCAAUGGGGGUAAAGACAGACUUGGAGAGUCGGUCUGGGUUUUUUGAGGAGGACAGAGUGAGGGGUGAGGAAAUGACUGCCACAAUCAAACAGGCGCUACCCCCUCUUCGAAUGGGAGAACCGGUCCCCCCACUUAACUCCACCAUGCGAAGGCACGAAGAGAUGGGUCUGAAUGGCAGUGAGGGCCCAAAGAAGACCAAGAAGCAUGUGUCAUUUUCUGAGCAGCUGUUUAGGGAAGAGGAGGUGGAGAAGUCCCCUGGACUGGUCGGAGAGGACGAAAGUCAUCCCCAGGAGCUGGAGCAUGAAGGGGCUGCCACCGGCGACGUGUGUGACAGAGAGCCUGCUGAGCGUCCCCACGCAGAGGACUCCGAGGGGGAGGCUGUGACUGAGCCCCGGCCGCUGAAUUCCAGUGUGCCAGCUGCCAUGGCCAGUCACCUGCUGCCCCCCUCCCAUGAGGACAGUGACUCAGAAGGCCCAGGGAGUGAAGCCAGCUCGGGGCAAGGCAUGGAGGGAGACGAUACCCUUCUGGCUCAAAAUCAGAGCAAAGCCAGUGAUCACGAAGGCCUGUUGUCUGAUCCCCUGGGUGACCUUCAGUCUGCCUCAGAUGUUAAAUCUCCAGUCACGGCUGAUCUGGACUUAACCCUUCCUUCCAUUCCUGAAGUGACAUCGGAUGAUGAAAGAGUGGACGAGGUGGAAGAUGACAGAGAGGCAGCAAAGGUGGCAGCUCUGGAAGGAGCUUCUUCCCCGAGCAGGUCACCUGCCCAUCCUGAGAAGGCGCCAAGUGGCGAGGCAGGUGGGUUGGCAGUGCCCGCAGACAGCCUGCAUGAGCUCAGGUCGGGAGCACCGGAAGCAGCUGUCACGGCUUCUUCAGAGCACACUACAGCUCCAGGAAUUCUUAAACCAAGUCUCGGCAAGAGCUCACGCUUGGACACCCAGCUGCCAGGCCCUGGCGAUGGCGAGGAGGCAAAAGUGAUGGGAAAUGGGAGGCUAAGGCAGCCUCCUGACCCGGCCCUGGAUUCUCCUCUCUCCAGCCCCUCCUUUUCUGAGCCCUCUCCUGCCACACACUCUUCCCCUAGCUACCCACACUCUGACACUCCCCACACCAGUACAGCAGAAUCUCAAAAAAAAGCAACAGCAGAGGGCCUCCCUGGUAAAGUGGAAAAUUCUGGCAAGAGGAAGCCGCUUCUUCAGGCCUGGGUCUCACCCUCGGAGACACAUCCAGUCUCAGCUGGAACUGGGUCAGCCAAGCACAGACCUCAUCUUGUGAAGCCAAUGAACACGACAGCCACCAAGAUUACUAACUCCAGCUUGGGAACUGCCACUAUCAUCAGCGAGAACUUGAUCAACGAAGCUAUUAUGAAGAAAUACACCCCCUCGGACCCUGCUUUUGCUUAUGCACAGCUCACCCAUGAUGAGCUGAUCCAGCUGGUCCUCAAACAGAAGGAAACAAUAAACAAGAAGGAGUUCCAGGUUCGGGAGCUGGAGGACUACAUCGACAACCUGCUCGUCAGGGUCAUGGAAGAAACCCCCAACAUCCUCCGCGUUCCGGCUCAGGUCGGCAAGAAGGCAGGGAAGAUGUGAAUGGCCAGCCUGUGACACUGAGACUUUUUUAACUACAAAUAAAUAAUCGCUCAAGGCUGAAAGAUUAAUUGUCUUAGGUGGAGAACAUAAUCUCCUAGUAUCCAUGCCAACCUCAACCCUGCGGUUUCUCGGUAUCUGUUAUGUGAGCUACAAACCUGACCUCUUCCUCCCUCCGACUCUUGAAGGAUCGUCCAGUGUUUUUGGAUUAUAGAGUUAUUUCCUGCUUUGUUACUUUGGGAAUUUUGAAUCUUCUGAUUUUGUUUGUAAGAAGUAACCUAAAAUUUCCUACAACACUAAAUAAAAUGGUACUACCUGUUAAA